AUGAGUGUCAAAAUGGACAUGCUGGAAAAAGGUACUGGAUUCGGCAGGAACACCUUGACUGGUUCUUGGCAUCCAGCAAACACAGCUAUGGGGCAAUCAGCCUCAGCUCCACCUCUGUCUCGUGGCAGCAUCCGGCUUGGAAGAGCACAUCUGGCUGCUAGGUCCAGAACAGAGGAGCAGGCAGCUCUGCAGCAGGACCAGGUACAGCAGGAUAAGGUCUGGAGGGAGUCUGUGGAGGCUGAACGAAGAGGAAGAAAAAUCUGGCACCAGAACUGGAGUUUCCUAAAGGACUAUGACCAAAUGGGUAACAAAAAGGAACAGAAGCCUCUACCAGACUACAUGUCUGUGUUUUCAAACACAGUUCCCAAUUCCACCAACCAGAACAUUGGCAGCAGGAUGAAUACUGAACUUGGCAAGAUGCUGAUAAGCAUGGAUUACCUCUUCAGCAGGGGAGCACAAAAGAGGAAACUUGAAGAUGACCUCCAGCUUUCCUAAUGCUUCAAGUAAAAAUACCAGUAACAAAGCAAGUGAAAGAGAUCUAGCUAACAG